AUGAUUUCUCUUUGCAAUAGUCACGAUAGGGACAUUGACACGCACCAGACGCCGUCGACGACAUUCAGCGAUCGCUUCAACCCUCGCUUUUCCCCGUGCGCGCCGCCGCCUUCUGCGCUCGCCGGCUCCGCGCCGGAGCACUCUUUGCCGCCGGCGCGACAGGCGGUGGGAAUCAGCGGCGCGGCGAGGGAGGCCGCAGUGGCGUCGCACGCCGCGGGAGGGAUCAGCACGCAGGAGUGGCUCAUGGCGGCCGCAGUGGCGUGGAUCGCUUCAUCCGCCUUCCAGCAGGGCAAAGCUGCUGCUGUUGCAAGAUCUUCGGAGCUGCAUGGUGCUGGGAGUGGUGGUGGGCAGCGGCAUAUUCGCCACGCCAGGCGUCGUCCUGCUGCUGAGCGGUGCUGCUUCUCUAACACCCAUCCUUCUCUCCCCUCCCCCCUUGUGUUCUACCUCCCAAGCAGCAUGGUGCUGGGAGUGGUGGUGGGCAGCGGCAUAUUCGCCACGCCAGGCGUCCAUGGUGCUGGGAGUGGUGGUGGGCAGCGGCAUAUUCGCCACGCCAGGCGUCGUCCUGUUGGACUCAAGCGGAUCGCCGCUGCUGGCGCUGCUGCUGUGGCUGCUGGCAGGGAUCGUGGGGUGUAUGCAGAGCUCGGCAGCUUCAUCCCACAUGCAGGCGGCGACGGGGAGUACUUGCAGGUGGCGUUUGGAGAGCUCGCGUCGUUUGUCUUCAUGUGGAUGUUCUUCUUUGUCUCUACUGGCGGGGCCCUCUCCAUUCUUGUGGUCACAUUCGCCCGAUACGCGGUUGCUCUGUUACCAGGGGCAGUAGCAGGGGGCGAGGAGGAGAUGGAAGUGAUGGUGAUGGUGGUGGGAGGGGGGUGCGUGCUGCUGCUUACUCUUGUCAACUGCUGUGGAGUCGAAGCAGGCACGUGGCUGCAGAAUUUGCUUUCCCUCUCCAAGGCUCUCCUCAUCGCCAUAAUCCUCGCCGCCGCCCCUGCCUUCAUGCUGCUCCACGGCCCUGCCACUGCCACUGCCAACCUCCUUCAGCCGCUCCCUCCGCUGGACUCGCUUGACCUCAGCAGGCUGGGCGCUGGGCUGGUUGCAGCCAUAUGGGCGUUUGACGGAUGGAACUGCCUGGGCUUUCUAUCGGAGGAGCUUAAGGAUCCAAAGAGGGACCUGCCGCGCUCUCUCUCCAUCGGCAUGCUUAUUGCUGUCGUCAUCUGUCUGUCUGCCAACGUGGCAUAUCUCUGCAUCCUUCCCUCUCAAGCCAUAGGCAUAUCUCAGGUGGUGGCGGUGGAUUCAGUGGCGCUCGUGUUCGGCCCGGCAGCAGGCAGGCUGGUGGCGCUGCUGGUGGCAUUUAACGUGUUGGGCUCAGCCAAUGGGACUCUGCUGUGCAACGCGCGAUACUUUUACGCCAUGGCAAGGGAGGGACGUCUGCCUCGCUUCUUUGGGGCUGUCACCAAAUCCGGCGCUCCCUACGCUGCUCUCUGCCUUAUAGGUGGCUGGACCAUGGUGCUGCUCUUCUUUGCAGCCAAUCAGCUGGAGAAGCUUCUAGACUAUUUCGGCAUCGCCACGUGGAUAUUCUAUGGAGCAGUGGCAGCAGCUCUCGUCAAGCUCCGAUGGGCGUUCCCCAACGGCCCAAGGCCAUAUGAGGCUCGAUUCUACCCGCUCCCUCCCGUCAUUGCUCUCGUCGCUGCCGU